AAUGCCAAACCCUGGCUCUACCGAUUUGUUGCCCAUGUUCUCGCACCUUUCAUUCUCUCCAAAUGGGUUCGACCCCUGCUCUUUAUUCUCUUCAUGGGUUGGAUUUGCUUCUGCAUUGCUAUUAUUCCGGGUGGAGUUCAAAUUGGUCUUGAUCAAAAGCUCUCCAUGUCCUUGGACUCCUAUGUGCUGGAGUACUUUGAGGCGAUUUCCUCAUUGCUCGCAGUCGGACCUCCGGUGUACUUUGUGGUCACGGAGGGACACAAUUUCAAAACCCCACAUGGACAAAAUCAGGUCUGCUCUCGACAGGAUUGCAAUCCGAAUUCUCUUGUUCGAACACUAAAGAAGAGCAUAGCCUCUAAAGAGCUAUCAGAUCCGCUAAUGUCUUGGGUGGAUGAUUACACACUCUGGAGCAGAUAUCCUAAAUGCUGUGGUAUUGAAGCUAACAAUCCAUCUGUCUUCUGCGACCCCAUUAAGAACUCAACCUGCAAAAGUUGUCCCCUUGUAAAUGGUAGCCCCAUCGGACAGCCAUUCGACGAUCUCAUCCCCAGUUUCCUCGCUCGUAUUCCUUCUGCUGAUUGUCCAUAUGCAGGCAAGGCUCAAUAUGGAUCAGCAGUGGUCCUUUCACGCAAUGCCAGUGAUGGUACUCCCCGCGUCCUCACUUCCCAUUUCACUGUUCAUCACACCGUUCUUCGCACCACCGAAGACUUUAUUGAAGCCAUUCGAAAAUCCCGCGAAUUGGCCGAUGAGUUCGGUCCUCGGUGGGCGAAAGAGGACAAACUUGCUGGCGCUAAUAUGACCAUGACGGACUCAAUUUCUAAAUUACUCUCGAAACCCAAAGGACCUCAACCAAAUUCUGUAUUCCCUUAUAGCGUAUUCUACGUCUUUUAUGAGCAAUACUUGAAUAUUGUAAAUGAGACACUCAUUCAGGUGACUCUGGGAUUGACCUCAGUAUCCAUUAUUACUUGGGUUAUGUUGGGUCUGGAUGUGGUCGCCACUUUGAAUGUAGUGGUUGGUGUGGGCUCUAUUGUUCUCUCUGUAGCCGCGAUGAUGGGACUCUGGAAUAUCUCUCUCAAUGCCAUUUCCCUGGUCAACCUUGUUGUGUGCAUUGGGAUAUCAGUCGAAUUCUGUGCCCAUAUUGUCCGUUCCUUCGCCAUUAGCACAAAAGCGACCCGCGUGGAAAGGUCUUUGGAUGCGCUCUCUGAAAUGGGCAGCUCGGUACUUCGAGGUAUCACUCUAACCAAGUUUGGCGGUAUCGUGGUGCUGGGCUUCGCCAAAUCACGACUCUUCCAGGUGUUCUACUUCAGAAUGUACCUUUGUAUGGUACUUUUUGGAGCAGUGGUUGGCAUUAUAUUUUUGCCGGUUCAGCUCAGCUAUUUCGGCAAGUUUUUCCUUUUCAUUGUCAAUACUUUUAUUUAUUAUCCAAACAAAAGUUGUCCAGUGUCACAUGCUGGUCAAGAGAGUUAA